AUGGACAUGGGAAGCCGUUCCAUGAAGAGCCGUCGCCCUUUGAAGCCACCAUCAAAGCUCAGCCAAAAGGAACGAAGUGCCUCUGCUAUUUUGAAAACCCAAAUGCAGCGCCAUCAAUUUGGUCGUGCAUAUGGAAAGCUCAACAGAAAGAUGGAGGGGUUAAAGGCAGAGCAUGGUGAACUGCUGGCAGACUUACGUAACUACCGGAAGUACAUUGUCAAGCUAGAAUAUCUAGCUAGAGAACAUGGGCAUUUGGAUCUUGACUACGAGCCAUUCCCUGACCUCCCCGACGAUGGAGCCAUAGAGGAAGCGGGAGACAACAAGAUUAAUGUGGAAGGAAAUACGGAAGAGGACAGGACUGCAGAAGAAGAAGACGAGGCUUAA